CAGGCUGGAAAAACAGACAUUUAUUCAUUUUAAUAUCGUAUAUGUAUUUUGAAUGUGUUGAAACUUGACACUGGGAGACGCACCCUGAAAACGGCACCGUUUGGUUGGUUUCAUGCUGAAGAGCUGCUUAAAACUGAUAUCCUUGCUGCAGAGAGCUGGGCUGGGUACAGUGUUAGAUGUAGAGGACCCUUUAUGAUGAUGAUGAUAAUGAAGGCUAUGCUGCUGCUGAUUUCAGUCCUCCUUACUCAGGCUCUUCAGUCCCAGGGCAGACCCACCACCAAAGAGCAUUCACCGCACAUGCCAGUCUUUCAUGCUGGGUUGCCUGCUAACCGUACAGCAGUGGUGGGAAGCGACGUAGAGUUUGAGUGUAAAGUCUUCAGUGAUCCUCAGCAUCAUAUCCACUGGGUGAAACAUAUCAAGGUGAACGGCAGUAGAGUUGACUCUAAUGGAGUGCCUUACGUCCGGAUCUUGAAGAUGGCAGACAUCAACACCAUGGAUAAGGAGAUGGAGGUACUGCAGAUCAGGAAUGUGUCUUUAGAGGACGCUGGGGAGUACACCUGCUUGGCUGAGAAUUAUAUUGGCCUCUCCCGUCGCUCUGCAUGGUUGACUGUCUAUAAAGUCUCCUCGUGUGCGCUGCCCUGUGCCAGUUCAUCUUGUUAUCUCACCAGUCUGUUCCUGUUAGUCGUGUUCCUUCUGUCUGGAUUCUGUUUGUCAGCCCCAGCCCAGCCUGUCUAGAAGACUAGUACGGCCCUGGACUGUGUUUCUCCCCUACGGGGUAGUUUCAGUUUGUUUUUGUUAUUAAGUAAAACCCCAUCACUCUG